AUGACCAACGCAAAGUACAACGUUCCUUACUCGGACUGCCAACGCGACCCCACGCUUCGAAAAGCCAAAGUCGGGGCGGGAGUGGAUUCGGUGUUGGCGCUGUGUCUCAAGUCGUCCACGUCGCUCGAGACCACCUUCGAGAAUGCCAACAAGUUCUUCAUCGGCAACAUGUCCAACGUCGCAUCGUUCGGCGCGCUGUGCGUGGAGAUAGCGCAGACGCUCGCAAUGGACGACGACAACGUGCUGUACGAGACGCCCCUCCCCCCGUUCUUCAUGCGCCAGGGCUUCGCGCUCUCCAUCUGGGGGCCCGCGCCCGACCCCAACCUCUACAACGAGACCGUCGUCAUGACGCUCGUUAACGACGGCGUGUCGAGCCUGUCUCUAACGGGGAUAGACUUUGCUGCGAUUGGGGAGGACCCGAAUUUCGAGGUGCCGCCGCAGGGGACGGUGACGAUCACGCCCCCUGCUCUCCAACCCACUCCUUACCACCCUUCUCACCCCAACUCCCCUCUCCCCCCUUCCCUCCUUCCCUUCCUUCCCCUGUUCCCCUCUCCCCCGCCCUCCCCCCACCAGUUCAAUCGCACGCAGGCAGCGUUAGACUUCGAAACCCUACCUCUGCUGCAGAACUACCUGUCAGAUUCCUCCACCAUGGCCAUCGACGAGCUCACCGCCGUCGUCAUCGUCAAGAUGUUCCCCGAUGACCCCUCGGGCCUGCUCGGCCGUGCCGCCUACGUGUUCAUCGAUCCGACGUUUGAUAGUCGCAACCCGUACCAGUUCUACCUGUUUGAGGCGAAUUAUUACCUGCCGACUGCGGGCAGUGGGCGGCGGCGGUUGUUGGCGAGCAUUCCCAAGACGACCACGCCGCCCGCUGGGUCGCAGAAGGGGUGCUGCAAGAAGACGCCUCCGCCGCCCACGUGUAAGGUGGGCGGGGUGAAUUACCCUGCGUGCCGCAAUCCUGUGUGCAAGACGCCAUGCUAG